UGCAGAAAAACACAAAUUGAAUUCUGGUUCCAAAUCUAUGCAUUGAAGGAACUGGAUCUAUUAUGAACGUGCACUCUGAGCACAGUGAACGUUAGAAACUCAUAACAGAGUUAAUUUUUACAAAAUAAACACGGAACAAAGUGAGAUUUAAGAGACAAAUGAAUGUAAACAAAGUAAAGCAAAGGAAUUCAGGUGAAGAGCAAAAUAAGUUCCAAGAUCGGCAAGACAUUUCAAGAACCCAGAGCAAAGUUGAACAAGAGAUGAACUAGGACAAGAUAUUCCAAGAACCUAGAGCAAAGUUGAACAAGAGAUGAACUAGGACAAGACAUUCCAAGAACCCAGAGCAAAGUUGAACAAGAGAUGAACUAGGACAAGAUAUUCCAAGAACCUAGAGCAAAGUUUAACAAGAGAUGAACUAGGACAAGAUAUUCCAAGAACCUAGAGCAAAGUUGAACAAUUCCAAGAACCCAGAGCAAAGUUGAACAAGAGAUGAACUAGGACAAAAUAUUCCAAGAACCUAGAGCAAAGUUGAACAAUAGAUGAAUUAGGACAAGAUAUUCAAAGAACCAAGAGCAAAAUUGAACAAUAAUCUUCAUCAAUAGAAGAGCAAAGACUUGAAUAAAUCUCUUCCUAUAAGUAACCAUGUGUAUAAAUGAUAUCGUAACCGUGAAUCCUGACAAAAUCACUCUUUAAAAUCAUGAAGCUCAGUGUAAUAUAUUUAGGUCUCCUGGUCCUGGUAGAACUGUCUGGGACGGAUUUGGUUCCAGAUGAUCUCCGGUCUAGAAGUAUACAGACCAAGUAUGGAAAGGUUCAAGGAUUUAUAACUAAAGUAGGACGGGACGCGACCAUCAAUAAAUAUGUUCAAAUAUUCCUUGGAUUACCAUACGCCAGUGCACCAACUGGAAACUAUAGGUUUGCUCCGACCCGACCCCCAACUCACUGGAAUGGAGUCCUUGCCGCAACUAAUUUGGGACCAGUUUGCCCUCAGGUACUCCCUGUAGACCUGGAGAAUAGAACUGUAGAGAAGUUAAAUUUACAGUCGGAGGAUUGCUUAAACCUAAACAUCUAUGUUCCCUAUAUAGAGAAAAGUGUAGAGCGGUAUCCUGUGAUGGUGUAUAUACACGGAGAUUCCUACGAGUGGGGAUCUGGAAAUCUCUACGACGGACGUGUUCUCGCAGUACACGGAAAAGUUAUCGUUAUCACCAUAAACUAUAGACUCGGUAUUCUAGGAUUUUUAAACACCAACACUGCUCCACAUCAGCAUCCCAGAAUGGCUAACUAUGGAUUGAUGGAUCAGAUUGCUGCUCUCAAAUGGGUUCAGCAGAAUAUUGAGCAGUUCGGAGGAGACCCGGGAGCAGUCACACUUUUCGGACAUAAAACAGGAGCAGCUUGUAUUCAUUUCCUUAUGGAGUCACCAGCAGCUGUAGCAGGAUUGUUCCAGCGUGCAAUCUUAAUGUCUGGAUCCGGAGCAGCUCCGUGGUCUAUGGUAGAGGAUCCGGUGCAUUACGCUGUAAAACUAGCUGCUCAUCUUAACUGCUCUCUUCCUUCUAACAUGCUUAAACAUCAUCUGCAGAUAGUAGAGUGUCUCAGGGAGAAGACUGUGUCAGAAAUGAUCCGGGUAGAAUUGUCUCCUCCAGUGUUUCUCUCCGCUAUUGGACCAUCCAGGGACGGAGUUCUUAUUCCUAGUGAUUUUGGACUUCACAGUUUUCAGAUAAAGAAAAGAGCGGCUAGUCCCUCCUAUCAGGUACUUGUCGGAGUAUCGGAGAAUGAAGAUAUAAAUCUUUUCUCCUCGGUUCAGCUCAGGGAUGGGAUUUCAACUCACGAGAAGAAUAGUAUUCUACGAAACUUAGCCCGAAACUGCUAUGAUUAUCAUGUGAACGAAAUAUUCUUUGCCAUUGAAACUGAGUACACGGACUUCACAGGGAGCAGUCCCUUCAGGAGAGUAGAGUUGGCACGUACAGCUGUUAUAGAUAAACUGUACGUGAGCCCAGCUGUAGAAACGGUGAACUGGGCUAAUGAGUCAGGUUAUCAGGCCUUCCUGUACAUACAUAAACUUAAGGAGUUUGAGAGGGCGGAGGGCGGAGAUUUUCUCUCCUUGGUGUUUGGUUUACCCUUUGCUCCGGAGAUAUCUGGACCCUUCUCCUCUCCUCAACAAGCUCUAGUCUCUCAAACUAUACUCACAUACUGGUCUAACUUCGCUCACUCAGGGGAUCCAAACAGUCCUAGCAGUAUAAGAGAUCUCUUCAACUCACAUAUGGGAUUACCCACCUGGAGAAGGUUUUCUUUACAGAACCAGGACUACUUGGAGCUAGAUCUGGAUCCGUCCAGUGAGGUUCACUAUAGACCUAGACCUAUGGCGACCUGGUUGAAACUAAUUCCUAAGCUUCAUCUAUCUGGAUCCGAUCAUACAUAUCCAGAGCAUUCUCUUCUUCAUCCCAGGAAGCAGUACAGAGGACUACCAGGAUCCAAGGAGGAUCAAGCUCAACCCAACCUGGCCUAUGAUAGUUUACAGCUUGGAGCAGGAACCCCUUGUAAUGCCAGUAAAUCCCUUCUACCCAGCAACGGAUCUAUGAUUAGGGUUGGAGAAUCCUCUAUACAGUCGCAGAGCACAAUCCUGUUUAUCAUGUGUAUCGGAGUUCUUCUGCUCUCUGCAAAUAUCUGGUUUUGGGUUUGUUUUCUGGUCCGGCGAAAAAGUAUAAUUUGUUGUAUGACGAAUGAUGUUGAGAGAAAGAAACUAUCUGAGGAGCCUGAACAUAGCCUGAUUCAACAGCAAACCAAGAUACCAGAACCCGGAUACCAGAGACGGGUUCCGCUAGAAUCUGUCUGGUAUGAUAACUCGGACAAUUUGUCGAAAACGGAUUCGUUCUCUCAAGGUAGCAACUCUAGAUUUACCGGCGGGGAAGAACAAGCAAUAUCCUUGAUAUCCUCGGGUCACGUGACAAGGACAAAUAGAGACCUAGAGCUAUAUAACUGCAGCUAUAGUAAGACUCUCCCUAAACGAUGCGCGCAACCUCACGACCAGUUUCAGUGCACACAAAUCCAGCGAGCAGCCAGUCAGGAGCUUCUCACGUCAUCAGGGAGACACAUGUCUGAGACAGUACCUGGAGCUUCUAAAUCCAACCUUGUUGAAGUGCUGAGCUCCAGACCCGUCCAGGAGGAGAAGAAGGUUUCAUCUCGACCUAAACUCUCAACCUUCGGACACACGGAGCAGUUCUCAGUCCAGACUGUUCAGGGGAGUAGACAAGAACCAUCUGAGAGAUAUCUUAAACCUGAAUCCGUUUAAACAUUAAACUCGUCCUUGAAAGAACUACAGAGACAAAACAGUGAAUAUUAUUAUAAAAAGAAUAAGAAUCGAAAGUUUUAUAUUUUUGAGAUGGUUAGAUAAAAAGUUCGACCAACCCAAAAAGUGUUUUGAAACUUUGCCAAGAAUGAAUGAAAAUGGAUGUCCGUAUAGGACUAGUGACCACCAUUCAUCCAUUGAAAAAAGUUCAAGUAUAAUCUAAGCACUGUGCGUGACCACCAUUAUUUAAACUUUAAAACAUAAAGGAAUUGAGUCUUUGCCACAAACUUACAGUUUAGAAUCCCUGUAUAUUUGCUAGCUGAUGGUGUAAACCGUUGAUAUUUCAAACUGAGAUUAUUAGAUCU